AUGGCCCCAUCUCACCGCGGGCAGGGAGAGAUGAGGGCAGGGAGUGACGUGCGCUGCUGCACUUCACCUUGUCACCAGGAGUUUGUGUCAGCGGCAGCACAGAGAGCUACAAAGUUGCCGGUUAAUGUCCCCCGCUGGCUCCUGAAGGAACGCAGCGGGAACGCCCUGUCGGAGCACAAUCAGACAGGAUUGUUUUCCUGGCUGCUGCUUCAGCGAUUUAGCAGCUCCAGGUUAAAGGCUCAUUCGACAGCGCUGUCACUACCACCACUCCACACGCCUUCUCCGCAGUUGCUGCAUGUCACGAAAGAUGCGGACACGCGACGCUUCCGCACCGGCUCCGCCGGCAGCUCCGGCUGCAGAGGAGCCCCCAGGCCCGCCGCGCUCUUCGGUACCCCCGGUACCCCUACCCCUGGCCCAGAGGAGGAGAGGAGGGGGCUGGAGUGUGGUGAGGCUCCUGUGCAGGAUGCUGAGGACAGCAGCGUCUUGCAGGAGGCCGUCUGUGUGUCCUGUGCCUGUGAGUCCUGUAUCUGUGAGUCCUGUGCCUCUGAGUCCUGUGUCUGUGUCCGUGCCCAUGCGUGUCUCUGGGACCUGUGCUCACCGUCGCUGCUGUCUGAGUACCCAGCGGGGAAAGCAGCAGCCAUGUCCUGGGCCCAGGCAGGACCCGGCUCUGCCGGCCGGGCAGGGGUUGCCGCUGGGUGCGCCCGAGCGCUCUGCCAUUCCCGCUCUCCGGAAGCGGCCGCGGCCACAGCUCCCCCCACCGGAGCCGUGCCGGGGGCGGGGCGGGGGCAGGAGCCCUCGCUAUUGGUGGGAUUUUUCCGCGUGGAGGCGGGGCCUCGUUCUGAUUGGUGCUCAGGCGGGGGGCGGGGCCCUCUCUCUGGCGGGAUCGCGGCGCGGGAAUCGCUCCGGGCGCUGAUGGGGCUGCGCGGGGAGCGCCGGGCGGGCGGGCCCCGGGAGGCGGUGGAUGGCGCGGGGUCCGGCCGGGACGAUGCCCCAGCGCUGUCCGCGAUCAAACGCCUGGAGCGGGCGCAGCGCACGGACCGGCUGGACGCGCUGUUCGGCUUCGAACGGCCUGCGGAGCCCGGCGAGCGGACGGGCUGGCUCAUCAACAUGCACCCGACGGAGGUGCUGGAUGAGGACCGGCGGUCCAUGAGCGCGGUGGACUACUACUUCAUCCAGGAGGAUGGGAGCCGCUUCAAGGUGGCCCUGCCCUACAAGCCCUAUUUCUACAUUGCCACCCAGAAGGGCUGCGAGCGGGAAGUGUCCUCCUUCCUCUCCAAGAAGUUCCAAGGGAAGAUUGCAAAGCUGGAGACUGUCCCCAAAGAGGACUUGGACCUGCCAAACCACUUGGUGGGCCUGAAGAGGAACUACAUCAAGCUGUCCUUCAACACGGUGGAGGACCUGGUGAAGGUGCGGAAGGAGAUCUCUCCUGCAGUGAGGAAAAACAGGGAGCGGGACCAGGCGAGCGAUGAUUACACAGCCAUGCUGUCGAGUGCUCUGAGUGGAGGCAGUCUAAGCAUGGAUGAGGAAGAAGCCUCCAGAAAAACUGCCAACCAAAUGGACAACAUUGUGGAUAUGCGAGAGUACGACGUGCCCUACCACAUUCGCCUCUCCAUUGACCUGAAGAUCCAUGUGGCUCACUGGUACAACGUGCGAUACCGGGGCAACACCUACCCCCCCGAAAUCACCCGCCGAGACGACCUUGUGGAGCGGCCGGAUCCUGUUGUUCUUGCCUUUGACAUUGAAACAACCAAACUCCCUUUGAAGUUUCCUGACGCAGAGACAGACCAGAUCAUGAUGGUCUCCUAUAUGAUUGAUGGGCAGGGCUACCUGAUCACAAACAGGGAGAUUGUCUCAGAGGACAUUGAAGACUUUGAGUUUACUCCCAAGCCAGAGUAUGAGGGUCCAUUUUGUGUCUUUAAUGAACCAGAUGAGGCUCAUUUAAUCCAGAGGUGGUUUGAGCAUGUCCAGGAGACCAAACCCACCAUCAUCGUCACAUACAAUGGAGACUUCUUUGACUGGCCCUUUGUGGAAGCAAGAGCAGCAGCUCAUGGAAUGAAUAUGUAUCAGGAAAUUGGGUUUCAGAAGGACAGCCAGGGAGAGUACAAGGCAUCCCAGUGCAUCCACAUGGACUGUCUGAGGUGGGUGAAGAGAGACAGUUACCUCCCAGUAGGAAGUCACAACCUGAAAGCAGCAGCUAAAGCAAAACUGGGUUACGAUCCAGUAGAGCUGGACCCUGAGGAGAUGUGCCGGAUGGCUACAGAAGAGCCUCAGACCCUGGCCACCUACUCAGUGUCUGAUGCCGUUGCUACCUACUACAUGUAUAUGAAGUAUGUGCAUCCCUUCAUCUUUGCCUUAUGCACCAUCAUUCCCAUGGAGCCUGAUGAGGUGUUAAGAAAAGGAUCGGGGACACUGUGCGAGGCGCUAUUGAUGGUUCAGGCCUAUCAUGCCAAUAUCAUCUUCCCUAAUAAGCAGGAGCAGGAAUUCAACAAACUUACAGAAGAUGGGCAUGUGCUGGACUCUGAGACAUAUGUUGGAGGCCAUGUGGAAGCACUGGAAUCUGGGGUCUUCCGCAGUGACAUUCCCUGCCGCUUCAAAAUGAAUCCUGCUGCCUUUGACUUCCUGGUGCAGCAUGUGGAGAAGACGCUGCGGCACGCCAUUGAGGAGGAGGAGGGUCUGCCCUUGGAUCAGGUCACCAACUUCCAGGAGGUUUGUGAUGAAAUCAAGGUCAAACUAAAUUCCCUGAAGGAUGUCCCCAACAGAAUUGAGUGUCCCCUUAUUUACCAUCUGGAUGUGGGGGCCAUGUACCCCAACAUCAUUCUGACCAACAGAUUACAGCCCUCAGCUAUGGUGGAUGAGGCCACAUGUGCUGCCUGUGACUUCAACAAGCCAGGUACCAACUGCCAGCGCCGGAUGACAUGGCAGUGGAGAGGAGAGUUCAUGCCUGCCAGCCGCAGCGAGUACCACCGCAUCCAGCAGCAGCUGGAGUCAGAGAAGUUCCCUCCUCUAUCCCCCGAUGGACCACCCCGUGCCUUUCACGAACUCUCCCAGGAAGAACAGGCCAAGUAUGAGAAAAAGCGCCUGGCAGAUUACUGCCGCAAGGCGUACAAGAAGAUCCACGUCACCAAGGUGGAGGAGCGAGUCACCACCAUCUGCCAGCGAGAGAACUCUUUCUAUGUGGACACGGUGAGAGCGUUCCGGGACCGCCGCUAUGAGUUCAAGGGGCUGCACAAGGUGUGGAAGAAGAAGCUGGCAGCAGCAGUGGAGAUGGGAGAUGCCUCCGAAGUGAAACGCUGCAAGAACAUGGAGAUCCUCUAUGAGUCCCUGCAGCUGGCCCACAAGUGCAUCCUCAACUCCUUCUAUGGAUAUGUUAUGCGGAAAGGAGCUCGCUGGUACUCCAUGGAAAUGGCUGGCAUCGUCUGCUUCACAGGGGCAAAUAUCAUCACACAGGCCAGAGAGCUGAUCGAGCAGAUCGGGAGACCUCUGGAACUGGAUACUGAUGGGAUUUGGUGUGUCCUCCCCAACAGCUUCCCAGAGAACUUUGUCAUCAAGUCAACCAAUGCCAAGAAGCCGAAGGUAACCAUCUCUUACCCGGGAGCCAUGCUGAACAUCCUGGUGAAGGAAGGCUUCACCAAUGACCAGUACCAGGAACUGCAGGACCCAGCCUCGCUCACCUAUGUCACACGCUCGGAGAACAGCAUCUUUUUUGAAGUGGAUGGCCCAUACUUGGCCAUGAUCCUGCCAGCUUCCAAAGAGGAGGGCAAGAAGCUGAAGAAAAGGUACGCGGUGUUUAACGAGGAUGGGUCCCUGGCUGAGCUGAAGGGGUUUGAGGUGAAGCGCCGGGGAGAGCUGCAGCUGGUGAAGAUAUUCCAGUCAUCUGUGUUCGAAGCCUUUCUGAAAGGCAGCACGUUAGAAGAGGUCUACGCUUCAGUGGCCAAGGUGGCUGAUUACUGGCUGGAUGUACUAUACAGCAAGGCUGCCAACAUGCCCGAUUCAGAGCUGUUUGAGCUCAUCUCGGAGAACCGCUCCAUGUCACGCAAGCUGGAGGACUAUGGGGAGCAGAAGUCCACCUCCAUCAGCACUGCCAAGCGCCUGGCAGAGUUUUUGGGGGACCAGAUGGUGAAGGACGCCGGGCUGAGCUGUCGCUUCAUCAUUUCUAAGAAACCAGAGGGUUCUCCAGUCACCGAGAGAGCCAUCCCCCUUGCCAUCUUCCAAGCUGAGCCCAGUGUGCGCAAACACUACCUCCGAAAAUGGCUGAAGAGCCCCUCACUGCAGGACUUCAACAUCCGUGCGAUCCUGGACUGGGACUACUACAUUGAGAGACUGGGCAGCACCAUCCAGAAAAUCAUCACCAUUCCUGCAGCCCUGCAGCAGGUAAAGAACCCAGUGCCGCGGGUCCGGCACCCGGACUGGCUCCACAAGAAACUCCUGGAGAAGAAUGACGUGUACAAACAGAAAAAAAUCAAUGAGCUCUUCAUUUUAGAAGGCAAGAGACAGGUCCUCACCAACCAGCCUGUGGAGGGGAUGACCAGCUCACAAGUUGGUGACAUAGAGGACUUUGGGGCUGUCAAGAUCCCUCAGCCACUGGUUCCUAUUGCAAAUAAGCGGAAGCGCAUCCCUGCUGCAGAGGAAAGCAAAAAGCCGUCCCAGGACCUGGAGCUGUCCCAGUCCUGGCGGGAGAUCCUGGGCCCACCUCCACCCCUGGGCACCACCAAGGAAGAACGGCUGGUCUGGCUGCGCUUCCAGCAGAAGAAGUGGGAGCUGCAGGCUCGGCAGCGGCGGAAGAGGCGGCGGCUGGAGGCCGGUGGAGGGGGAGCAGGUGCAGGGGUGGUCCGCGAUGCCUCCUCCAAGGGUUUGAACAGCUACUUACGCCGCACAGCGCGCAGCAUCCUCGACUUACCGUGGCAGAUCGUGCAGAUUGCUGAGACCAGCCAGCCUGGGCUAUUCAGGCUGUGGGCAGUGAUAGGGAGCGACCUGCACUGCAUCAAGCUGAGCAUCCCCCGUGUCUUCUAUGUCAACCAGCGCAUCCCAAAGCCAGAGGAGGGGACAGCCUACAGGAAGGUGAAUAGGAUCCUGCCCCGCUCAAACUUGGUUUACAACCUGUACGAAUACUCUGUCCCUGAAGACAUGUACCAAGAGCACAUCAACGAAAUUAAUGCAGACCUCUCUGCUCCGGACAUCGAGGGAGUGUAUGAGACACAGGUGCCACUGCUCUUCCGUGCUCUGUCCCACCUGGGCUGUGUGUGCAGGGUCAACAGGCAGCUCGUCCAGUACCUGGCAGGGCGAGAGGCUGAAAUCUUCGAGAUCGAGCACCUGGAGAUGCGCUCGCUGGCCCAGUUCACUUACCUAGAGCCAGGAAGCAUUCGCCACAUCUACUUAUACCACAGCUCCCAAGGCAGCAAGGCAAUCCUGGGCCUCUUCAUCCCCUCACAGCACAAAGCUUCCAUCUUUGUGCUGGACAAGGUACGCAGCAACCAGAUGCCUAAUCUCACCACCCUGUUCUCAGCGGAGCGUGCAGCUCUGCUGGAAAAGGUGGGUGAGGAGCUGCUGCCCCCAGACAAGCACACCUUUGAGAUGCGUGCUGAGACCGACCCCAAGGCCAUCUACAGAGGUGUCCAGCGGCUACUUCUGGGCUACAAGGAUGAGCGCCGAGGCCCCACUCUGGUGGCUGUGCAGUCCAACUGGGACCUGAAACGACUGGCAAGUGGGAUUCCCAUCAUCGAGGAGUUCCCCUUGGUCCCCAUCCGGCUGGUGGAUGAUGUCAGCUACUCGGUCCUGGACUGGCAGCGCCAUGCCGCCCGCCGUAUGAUCCGCCACUAUCUCAACCUGGACACCUGCCUCUCCCAGGCUUUUGAGAUGAGCAGGUACUACCACAUCCCCAUUGGGAACCUCCCUGAUGACAUCUCCACUUUUGGCUCUGACCUAUUCUUCUCGCGCCACCUCCAUCAUCACAACCACCUGCUGUGGCUGUCCUCCACGUCCCGCCCUGACCUGGGGGGAAAGGAAGCUGAUGACAACCGCCUGGUCAUGGAGUUUGAUGAGAGAGCCUCAGUGGAGAUCAACAACCCUGGCUGCUACUCCACAGUGUGUCUGGAGCUGGAUAUCCAGAGCCUGGCCGUGAACACCGUGUUGCAGUCCCACCACGUGAACGACAUGGAAGGAGGCUCCAGCAUGAACAUCAGCUUUGACAUGAUUCAGCAGGCAUCCCUAGAGGACAUGGUGACAGGGAACCAAGCUUCCAACAUUCCAGCUAGCUAUGAUGAGACCACCCUCUGCUCCAACACUUUCAGGAUCUUGAAGAGCAUGGUGGUGAGCUGGGUGAAGGAGAUCACACAGUACCAUAACGUCUAUGCAGACAACCAGGUCAUUCACUUUUACCGCUGGCUCCGCUCUCCUUCCUCCCUGCUCUAUGACCCAGCACUUCACCGCACACUCCACAACAUGAUGAAGAAGCUUUUCCUGCAGCUGGUGGCCGAGUUCAAACGCCUGGGCUCCUCUGUGGUCUAUGCCAACUUCAACCGCAUCAUCCUGUGCACCAAGAAGCGGCGCAUUGAGGACGCCAUCAGCUACAUGGAGUACAUCAUCAACAGCAUCCACUCGAAGGAGAUCUUCCAUUCCCUGACCAUAUCUUUCUCACGCUGUUGGGAGUUUCUUCUCUGGAUGGACCCAGCAAAUUAUGGAGGUAUCAAGGGAAAAGUGGAUUCUCGCAUCCACUACGGGGAGAUGAACACCAGCAAAAAGCAAGCAUUGGAAGAGGAGGACAGCGAGGAAGAGGAGGAGGUGGCAAGGGAAGAAAAGGAGGAAGAAGGGGAACUAGAUGUGGAGGAGCUCCUGGAGAACAACUGGAACAUCGCGCAGUUCCUGCCCCAGGCUGCCUCCUGCCAGAGCUACUUCUUGAUGCUUGUGUCAGCCUACAUUGUGGCCGUGUACCACAGCAUGAAGGAGGAGCUACGGCGUAACACUCCCGGGAGCACCCCCAUCAAGAGGAGGAGCACCAGCCAGAUGUCCCAGGAGGCUCUGGUGGAGCUGGGGUCCAUGCCUGGCAUGAUCACCUUCUCACAGAAUUAUGUGGCCAGUGAGCUCACCCAGAGCUUCUUCACCAUCACCCAGAAGAUCCAGAAGAAGACGGCUGGUUCCCGCAAUGCCACAGAGCCCUCAGACAUGUUCCCUGUCCUGCCUGGCUCCUACCUGCCACUCAACAACCCAGCCCUGGAGCUCAUCAAAUAUGUUUGCAAGGUCCUCUCCCUCGAUGCCAACAUAACCAACCAGGUGAACAAACUGCACCGGGACCUGCUGCGCCUUAUCGAGGUGGGCGAGUUCUCGGAAGCAGCCCAGUUUCAGGACCCGUGCCGCUCCUACGUGCUUCCUGAAGUCAUCUGCAGGAACUGCAACUUCUGCAGGGACCUGGACCUGUGCAAGGACCCUGCCCUCUCCCAGGAUGGGUCGGUUCUUCCCAGAUGGGUCUGCCCCAACUGCCAGGUGCAGUAUGACACCAAUGCCAUUGAGAUGGCGCUGGUGGAAACCCUGCAGAAGAAGCUGAUGGCCUUCGUGCUGCAGGACCUGAUUUGCAAGAAGUGUCAUGGUGUGAAGGAGAUGCACAUGCCUGUGUACUGCAGCUGCGCUGGAGACUUUGCCCUCACCAUCUCCUCCCAGACCUUCACUGACCACAUCAGUGUCUUCCGGAACAUCGCCCAGCACUACAGCAUGGCCCACCUGCUGGAAACCAUUGAAUGGCUGCUGCACAACAACCCCCAGCUCCAGCAGUGAGGGCUGGGCUGCUCCUCCUACCUACUCUGUGCUCUGACAUCCAUGGAGAGCAGUCCUGGACCCCUUGGCCAUGGAGAUGCUGCGCACCCCUCCUGCAGCAAGAGAGAGGAAGCAGAGCUGGGACUGGGACUGGGCCAUCCUGCCCCCAGCUACCUGGUGGGGUCCUGGGAGGCUCCAGGGGCUGAAGCUGGCCUCCCCACAUCUGUGCUGGCCCCCAGGUGUGGUUUUAAUGUUGGGUUUCUGUGAAUAAAUGGGUUGUAGAAGGCAGGUGUACUUUUCAGGGGGCAGGGAAGCAGGGGCUGUGGCCCACCCCUGGGUGAUGCCUGUAGCUGAGGGGGGACGUGCUGUGUCCUUUGUGGGCAGGAUGGACCAGGAACCUGUCCUCAUCUGAUCCCUCGCUACCUGCUUGGGGGCAGGGGGGUUGCAGCAUGGCCGUACCCCCCAGGGUCCCACUCCAGCUCCAGGGGAAGGGGCUGCAGUGCUGGACCCUAAUGUGACAGUGGCUCCUUGCCAGCAAGUGUGUCUGGUGUAUCCUGCACUCCAGUACCUGCCUUAAGCCAGGCUCUGUCUCCUGCUCCUGUCCUUCAUGGGGAAGAAGCCCCAGGGGCUGCAGCCAGAGCUCCACCUGUGCUUCCAGAGUCUUGGCUCUUCUCUCUGGACAAUGUCACGGUGCAGUCAGAGCUGACCUCUUGCAGUGGCACUGCCUUGGCGGGGCAAUGCCUCCCAAACCAAGGCAGCAGAGCCCAGCGGUGCACUCCUGCCUGCCUCAGCAGGUUCUGCAGACAGGAGGGUUGGGGUCCAGAGGGAACUGAGAGGACCCUUGUCCUGUUCCUGCAUCCAUGCAACCGGACAAGCAGCCCCAGGUCCACACCAUGGAGCUGUGUCAGGACAGGUUUAAGCGGGAUAUUGGGAAAAGGUUGUUCCCCAAAAGGUGGUUGGGCACUCAACAGGCUCCCCAGGGCCGUGAUCACGGCCCCAAGGGUGCCAGAGCUCAAGGAGUGUUUGGACAAUGCUCUGAGGGACAGGGUGGAACUGUUAGGGUGUCUCAGCAGGGCCAGGAGUUGGACUGGAUGAUCCUUGUGUGUCCCUUCCAACUCAUGAUAUGCUAUGAUUCUAUUAAAAGUGCUGGCUGGGCCCUAAGGAGCAGCUCAAACCCCUGGAGGAUCCCAAAAGAUGGGAAGAGCUCUGGGCUGGGCAGACAUGGAGGUGGGAUGGAGCAGCACCGCGGUCCUGCCAGGAUAGGCUCUCUUGCUCCCAUGCGAGAGCCUCUGCUCCUCCAUCCCGUCCCCAUCUCCAGCUCCCAGCCGUGCUCCUGCUGCGCUGAUGCCUGCUCUCCCCACUGUCACCCUCCUCUGACUCCCGGGAACCCUGGCAGG